GACUCCGAUCUGCGUCUUCUUUAUGACGAGCUUUCUAAAACGCUGCAACAAAAACUAGACAAAGAUGAAAUGGAGGAGCUUCGUAUUUGGCUAGAAAAGAAGUUAAAACAAUUGGCUAACCGUCUACGUCAGCGUGCUGCUAGUUCUCAGGGCGCCACAAACUUGACGAGUAUACCUGUUGGUGAUGAUGAAGCGGCUGGACUUCGCAAGAAACUAUUGCAACACUUUCACUGCAUCUCUUGCGAUCGGCCACUUGAGAUGCAUCAAGCCAACGAGUAG